GCAUUUCGCAGAGGCAGGAGCUAGGGAGGCGCUCUGUAGGAGUCUGCAGCAUCCCUGCGCUGUGAUUCUUGUCGGUACUGCUUUCUGUCCCUUACCAUCUCCUGCCAUCAUCUCCACGCAGAGCUGCCGCGUCCAGGCAGCUCUGCGCAGGCAGCUCUGCGCACUUUGCCCCUUGUUCAACGAAUAAAAGGUGCCUGAGUUAAUACCGGGCACCGUCAUCCCCUGUCAGCUCUACCCCUUAAAUUUCGCCCGGGGAGAUCCGCGCACAGCGGGUGGGCCUGCACAGCCAUCUCGCGUGCAACAGCAUAGUAUUACGAGCGCAGCUCCACCGAUCGCUGAGCCGAAGUCCACCCUCAAUCUCAGCUGUGCCAAAUUCGCUCCGCAGCCUCAGCCCCGGGACCGUGAUCCCAGCACCCGAGAGCCAGAUGCCCGCCCACAGGCUGCAGGAGAUCUCUAGCUCCUAUACCACUACCACCACCAUCACAGCACCUCCCAAGGAGGAGAAGACACUUACAUACCUAGAAGAAGACAUUCGCCCUGAAAUAAAAGAUGACAUAUAUGACCCCAGCUACCAGGAUGCAGAGGGCCCUAGGCCCAAAUUUGAGUAUGUCUGGAGAAACAUCAUCCUCAUGGGUCUGCUGCACCUGGGAGCCCUGUAUGGGGUCACAUUGGUUCCCACUUCCAAGUUCUACACUUGGCUCUGGGCCUAUGCAUACUAUUUAGUGAGUGCCUUGGGCAUCACAGCAGGAGCUCAUCGCCUGUGGAGCCACCGAAGUUACAAAGCACGGCUUCCCCUGCGGCUCUUCCUGAUCAUUGCCAACACCAUGGCGUUCCAGAAUGAUGUUUAUGAAUGGGCCCGAGAUCACCGUACCCACCACAAGUUCUCAGAAACAGAUGCCGACCCUCAUAACUCCCGCCGCGGCUUCUUCUUCUCUCACGUGGGUUGGCUGCUGGUGCGCAAACACCCAGCUAUCAAAGAGAAGGGGGGAUCUCUGGACCUGUCUGACCUAAAAGCUGAGAAGUUGGUGAUGUUCCAGAGGAGGUACUACAAGCCCGCUGUUCUGAUGAUGUGCUUCAUCCUGCCCACACUGGUGCCCUGGUUUUGUUGGGGUGAAACCUUCCUACACAGCUUGUUUAUUGGUACUUUCCUGCGGUACACUGUAGUGGUCAAUGCCACCUGGCUGGUGAACAGUGCUGCCCACCUCUAUGGAAAUCGCCCCUAUGACAAGAACAUUAACUCUGGAGAGAAUGUCCUGGUUUCCCUGGGAGCUGUGGGUGAGGGCUUCCACAACUACCACCACUCCUUUCCCUAUGACUACUCUGCCAGUGAGUACCGCUGGCACAUCAACUUUACUACAUUCUUCAUUGACUGCAUGGCUGCCCUUGGUCUGGCUUAUGACCGGAAGAAAGUGUCCAAGGCUGCCAUUUUGGCCAGGAUUAAAAGAACUGGAGAUGGAAGCUACAAGAGUGCCUGAGUUGUGGGUUGUCCAGAUUUCAUUUCUAAAGCCAUCUGGGCAGAAGUUUAAUGUUCUGUUAAUAACUACUGAAAAGUAUUACCAGAUGCUAAAGUUGAUGACCUUAACCCAUUCCAGUAUUGUAUUCUUUUAAAAUGCAAAAGGUUUAUAACUUUUUUAGGUAGUGCAUAUUUUAAUCAGUAAGAUAGAAACAUUUCUCAAUACAUAUGCUUCCAAACAUGCUGCACACUAUAAAUACAUACAUUUUUACAUGUCAUUUUAAAAAAUUAUUAAUAAAUUCUAAAAAAAAGAGAGUAUUUAAAACAAACAACUCAGCUAUUAUGAUAGUACUUUGCUAAACUUAUUUCUUCUCUCUACUCUUUCUGUUGUUCUUUGCUUUGUUUGUGUCACCUUCCUUUCUCUUCCUUUUUAUAGCCUCCUAACCAACAGAUGUUUGGCCACUGGUCUGUGUUACCUUCCAAGCCUAGGCAUAAUUUCAGGCAUCUAAACAUAAUGAUCACUGCCCCAGAUAACUCUUUCCUCAAUAUGUCCUCAGACUCAAGGUAGGUAACUCAAGCUAGACAUACAAUAAAGCCUUCUGAGACAUCCUCUGCUAAUUAUCUUCAGUCUAGGCUUUGCUAGAUGAAAUAGAUAGCUUGAUUUGGCAUACAGCUGAAGAGCAGUUAUAUCAUCAGGAAGAGAGAUAGUAUGAAGAAUAUGAUUUAUAAGGAUGGUGUUGAUAUGGGAAAAGAGAAAAAAGAGAAGCUUUUACAGGGAUCAGACCCUGCCUAGCACAGACACUGAGCCCCUUCACACAGCAUUUUUCCUGUCUCUCCUGACUCAGUUAUGGAGUUUGAUGAUGGAAAUAACAGCAAAUCAAUAACUAAGAAUAAAGAAGCAUUUGUGUAGUUGUAAGAGUGGUCUCUCCUGGAGAAGGACAUUAAUUUUUGUUAAUAACAAGAAGAUGUCUUACUUCAUGGGAUUAGAUUUCAGGUUGGAUGUGUUCAAUACAACAUUACAGCAGCUCAGAGUUUUGAAGAUACAAUUGGGCCAAACUUAAAAAUAAACUGACAUAAAAUCUUUAAUUGAAACAUGCAAAUGUUUCACUUAGAGUAUUACCUCUGAAAAAGAAACUAGAAGUAAAGAAAGAAUUUUCUGGGUGGUCUGUUCAUUCCACAGAUGGACAGGAGAUGGAAAAGUUGACAGACAGCUCUUGUAGGCAGCUAUAAGAGAUCACUUCCCAAAGGAAGGACUCCAAUGACACAUCCAGGGGAGUCAGAAGUUACAUAGUAAGUUAUUAAGUGUCCUCAUGAAAUAAGUUUGAUGUUAGCUUCAUUCAUUAGUCUCAGUUUCUCUUAGGAUUGAGUGAAAACUAGGCUUCUUCCCACAGUGUUGGACCCCUUCACUCCUUGUUCUGUGACCAGUCUACAAAUGCAGGACUGUCUGGGGGAUAGGUAGGAAUAAAUCUCUUAACCACCCUGAUUCUGGAUUCCUGGCUUUAUCUCAGCCGUCUUUUUUCUCUUACCAGUGAUGUCUGUUCCCUGACAUUUUCUUUUCUCUGGACAGGCAGCCUCCUGUGUAUAUUCAGGGCAGAGAGGACUUGCUGUCCAGGCGGCUUUCUCCUGUAGACACAAUGCUCAUUGGCAUCAGCCCUGUGUCUCUUCAGCAGGUAGAGUUGACUGCCACUUUCCUGUGGCCUCCAGAUCCUCUUCUCCACCACAGUGAGUGUACCCCACUCUGACUACUCUAGGCAAGUCUGGCAGACACUUUAGAAACAUCUUUGUCUUGAAGAGGAUCCCUUUGAUGAGGCAUAGCCAAGGCCAAUGCUCACAUUUUUCCAUUGAGCUGGCCACAGUAAAAAAUGGCUUGUUGUCAGUCUCCUCUGGGUCAGAACAGAGAGUGUUCAGCAAAGCAACUUGGGCUAAUUGGUGUAUGCAGCUAAUGGUGCAAUACUUUCAAAAAGAAGAGGCGGAAACAGUCUUCUGGGAAGUACAAAAGGGGCGGGGGGGCAGUUCCCAAGUGCAGCACAUUGAAAGGAGUCCCUGCCCUGGAACCAGGAUUUGCUGGAAAGCUUGGGCUAAGAUGUGGGAUCUGAGAUGCCAGGAUCUUUGUUGAACAUUGUAUAUAUUUUCAGAACCUGGGACCUUUCCUGUCUCUGUUCCUCAGUUAUCAGUGCAAAGGUCUAAAUCUGCUCUUUAGGAUUGGCAGUAUACAAUACCAAAUGCUGUUAACUGUUGAGGCCUAGUGGUGUGAGAGAGCAGGACCUUCCUUCCUGUGUUAGUUGUAUAGAAGCUACAGGGGCCAGCCUGCACUAAAGCAGCCUUAUCUUUGAACUGUUCAUUAAAGUAGAAAAGAACUUUAUAGAAAAUCACUGUAGAUCAGAUCUACUGACUUGUACCUACCCCUGGAUAUGUUUCUUGGCUGAUUUUUAUUCUACUGGACAUCAGAUGCCUGCUUUAUGAUACAUGAACAGCAAACUCAACUUUCUUUUCUAGUCCUGUUCCAUGGAACUGAUCCAUUCAAUGUUCAUACACAAAUGGUACAGACCCCAGGUUGAGGACUGCAGCAUAUAUGGGGGUAUGUAGUAGGUAGAAGCAUGCCAGUAUAGUGAACAACACUUCUUAAGGUUUGAAGCCUCAAUUCAAGUAACACAAUAAUGAGAAACUCUGCUCUUAGCAAGAGUGAGUUUCUAAUGGUCCUUACCUUGUGGACAUGUUGAAAACUGAUUUCUGUGCCUUAUCCUUUUUCUAACCCAUGUUGCAGGUAAUCUGCCCUCACACUCUUUGAGUAGUCCUUUACUCCUUGAGAGACUAUAAAGUGGCCAGUAUCAAUAAGAGCCUGCCUGGUGGGUUAUCAGCACAGGUAUUUGCAGCAUUCCUUUCUGGGCUUCAUUUUGGAAAUUUAUGGCUGUUUUUAUUAAGUGUUCAAAUAUGAUGGUGGGUGGAAGUAGUUUGAAUGUAUUUAUUAUUCUUUAAAUGAAAUAAUGGUGGUAGCACAUAAAAUAGAAAGUUUCUCCUUGGUUUAUUAAUAUCCUGUAUGUAGUUUCUGAAUAGAUAGUUUGAAGGGUAAAUGAAGUAAGGCAACUGUGUUACACUGGUGGCUAAGAUCUUAAUCCCUGUUUUACCAACUUGCUAUGUGAGCUUCACUGUUAAACCUAUUAAUGAGAUAAGGUCAUUAAUCCAUUCAGAACCUUCUCAGAAGUCCCAUCUCUGAAUCUGCUACAUUAGGGAUUAAGUUUCCAAUACAUGAACUUUAAGGGGACACACUGAAAUCAUUGCACCGGGCAAGUCACGUAACUAUAAUAUGCCUCACAUUUCCUUUUGUUCAGAUGGAGUAAUAAUACUGACCUACCUCUUAGGCAGUUUAGAGGUUUGACUAAAACUUUUUAUUAAGCCUUUGAGAUCCUCAACAGAGAAAUCCUCAAGCCCUGCAGACUUUUAUAGUAGCAGUAUCCAGUAUGAAAUUGACAUGCACGUAUGUCCUGGAUACCAUCAUUAGCCUACAUGGUUCUCUCAAGAGAUUGAACGCAUCUAUUGGAGAAGGGGUAUAUAAUGAGUCAGACAAAAAUUGAGAAUGCAUUAUCAUUGCCAUGAAAACAUACACAGGAUACAUUUUCCUUACCUGGGUGGGUUUUUCUUCUUUUUAUGUAUGUAGUUAUUUGUAACCGAAGAAUAAUUUUUUGUAAUAUCAACCCCAAACCUAGUGGUACUGACCUGAGAUUGUGUUUAUUAUUAAUAAAAGUGAAGUGAAUCUGA